GCCUUUUCCUGCGAAAAUUGGGGGAUUUUCUCUAAACUAAGGACGCUAGCCUAGUUUCCUCUCCGGCGCUGUUACUGUCUUCUUGAUUAGGGAUCUUUCAAGACUCCGUUUCUUUGCUCACCAGAUGGCUUUUUGCACCGUAGCUUUGUGUGGGGGACUCUUCCUCCCUCCUGCCCCAGAAAUGUCUUCACUUUCAGAAUAUGCCUUGCGCAUGACUCGCCUGAGUGCCCGGCUAUUUGGUGAAGUUGCCAGGCCUACUGAUUCCAAAUCCAUGAAAGUGGUGAAAUUGUUUAGUGAGCAGCCUUUGGCCAAGAGGAAGGAGACAUAUGACUGGUAUCCAAAUCACAACACUUAUUUUGCGCUCAUGGGGAUACUGCGUUUUUAUGGCCUCUACAGAGACGAGCAUCAGGACUUCAAGGAGGAGCAGAGACGUCUGAAGAAACUUCGUGGAAAGGGGAAACCAAGGAAAGGAGAAGGAAAAAGAGCAGCAAAAAAGAAAUAGUGUUUGUCAGUGCAGAGAGAAACUUCCUCCUCUGCAACUGAGAGCAGAAGCAAGAGUUUAUUCUCUUUCCCCAUGUUGAAUGAGGAACACAUGCUCCGUGUUGAAGUCUGAUCCAGUUAAAGUGUGACCGGUUUCUUGACCACAUUCUAAUUCUGCAAAGUUAUUUUGGCCUUGGUUUUGUAAUCUGAGGUUUACCACAUUCCC